AUGCCAGCUCAUUUGAACCCUCACCUUCAUGGUGCUUCAUUUGCUUCUACCCAGGAAGCUGAAAGCCCAGAGGAUACCAUUAGCCCUCCUCGGGUGCACCUUUCAGAUCAAGAUGAAGACACUAUCGCGAACAUCCAUCGAACAUUGACAGAAAAAAGUGAUUCGGAUCACCAGCCUCAGUGUGCGGAACCCCACUCGUCAUUUGACAAGUUUCUGGAGGCAGAGGUUCAGGCGGGGAAGAAGAAGUCGAACCUGGGCGUCUGUUUCCAGUCUCUCACGACGUGGGGAGCGGGGGAGGGGCAUGCGGACGUCAAGACGUUGGGGACUGCAUUAUGGCGCACGCUGACCUUCCAGGAUGUCUACGAGUGGACGAUCAAGCCCUGGAUUUCCGACAAGAACCUGCAAAAUGGCCGUCCACUAAUUCGCGACUUCUCCGGCGUUGUCAGGAGUGGGGAGAUGAUGCUCGUGUUAGGACGACCGGGAGCUGGCUGCUCCACGUUUCUCCGUACAAUUGCGGGCCACCAUUCGUCCUUCUUGGGCGUCACUGGCUCGAUGGACUACUCCGGUCUGAGUCUAGAUGAAGUCAAGAAGAACUAUCGAGGGCAGGUUACCUAUAUCCCUGAAGACGAUGUCCAUUUCCCUACCCUCAAUGUUCGACAGACAUUGGAAUUUGCCCUGCAAAGCAAGACCCCGAAGCGAUACCAGGAGAGAAUCCCACGGUAUAUUGAAAUCUACGGGCGGGUGUUUGGCAUGGCUCACACAAUGAAUACACUGGUUGGAAACGAGUUCAUUCGUGGAGUGUCGGGUGGUGAGCGGAAACGAAUCUCCAUCAUUGAAUCUCUCGCGACAGAUUCAUCCGUGAUGUGCUGGGACAAUUCAACCCGAGGCCUGGACGCCUCCUCCGCCGUGGACUAUGCCCGCAGUCUCCGUAUCAUGACAGAUACAUGUGGCAAGGCAACGUUGCUAACACUCUACCAAGCUUCUGAUGCCAUCUAUGAACUGGUUGAUAAAGUAUUGUUGAUCGACGAAGGACGGAUGCUUUUUCAGGGAUCGGCUCGUGAGGCAAAACAAUAUUUUGAAGAACUGGGAUACGAAUGCGCAGAGAUGCAAACGACAUCAGACUUUCUGACUAGCAUUACGGUCCCUGAAAGACGAAGAUUUAGACCCGGUUGGGGGCAUCGGACACCUAAGGGGCCCAUAGAGCUUGAAGAGGCAUUUCGGAAGAGCUCAGCCUUUCAACGACUAGAACAAGACACACGGAACUACGAGGACCAACGAUUCGGUGGUAAGGGGACGGGCUCAUCGCCCAGUGACUCAGACUGUGGAAGUCUCGAUGAAUUCAAGAAGAAUAUCCAGACUGACAAGUCUCGCUUUGUGUCAUCCAAGUCUCCGUACACAAUCUCUUUGUUCAGACAGGUAUCCUUGUGCGCCAAACGUCAGAUGUGGCAGUUGAAAGGUCACAUGGCGCCGCUAUACAUCAAACUCAUAUCUUCAGUCAUCUACGGGCUUCUCAUCGGUUCCAUGUUCUACGAUCAGCCCCAGACGACAGAUGGAAUGUACUCGCGUGGCGGUGUCUUAUUCUAUUCAUCAAUUCUGCUUGCCUGGCUGCAGUUGUCCGAAUUGGAAGAUGCGAUGCAGGGCCGCGAUAUUCUUACGCGACAGAAGAAAUUUGCGUUUGUGCGGCCAAGUGCUGUGUGUUUGGCAAGAGUCCUCUCUGAUAUUGUGGUGACCCUAUUAAUUACAUUUUUGUAUGUAAUUGUGGUUUAUUUCCUGGCGGGCUUGAAAUCGAGUCCUGGACCAUUUUUCAUCGAUUGCUUGUUUAUUUACAUUUGUACGAUUUGCUUGACAGCCCAGUUCCGGUUAUUUGCCGCUGCUUCUUCCAAUUUCGAAGUGGCGCUACGGUACUGUGGUGUUUCUGUGUUAUUCUGCAUCGUCUUUGGAGGCUAUGUUCUCUCGGUGGAUAAGUUAAUGGAGGAUGUCCCUUGGAUUGGAUGGUUAGCGUAUGUCACGCCGGCUCUUUAUACAUAUGAAGCAGUCAUGGCAGCAGAAUUCCACAACACAAAUUUCACUUGCGCAUCCGGAUCUGUUGUACCAUCCGGGCCUGGUUAUGUAGAUCUCGCAUACCAGACGUGCGACUACACAGGGAGCAAGAUCGGUACCACCAUCGUAAAUGGUGACGAUUACUUGGCCGUCAAGUAUGGGUUUUACUACAGCAAUGUCUGGCGAGACUUUGGCAUCCUGUGUCUUUUCACCGUUGCAUUCAUCGGGAUUACAUGUUGGUUGAGUGAGGUGAUGGAAUGGGAGCCUGAUAGCGCAGGGCCGAUCCAAUACAAACAGGGGCAGAAACACAGGCGCAUCGACAGGCACAAGAUUGACGAGGAAAGCAAUCCUGUCGAUGUUGAUCCAAAGGCCUCGCAACGUAGCUCCCAGAACAACCACUCUGGACAGGUCAUCAGUGGAACGAACUCGACGUUUACCUGGAGUGAUCUGGAACUUAACGUACGAGUUGGGAAGGAAACUAGAAAAUUGCUGGAUGGGGUCUGUGGCUACUGCAAGCCAGGGACACUAACCGCUCUGGUUGGUGCUUCUGGAGCUGGAAAAUCGACAUUGUUGACUGCCUUGACCCAAAGACAAAACUCCGGACAACUCACAGGUAACAUCUUUGUUGAUGGAAACGCUAUCGAUGAGUCAUUCAACCACAACAUUGGUUACUGUCAGCAGAUGGACAUCCAUGAUGAGACAAGCACGGUUGGGGAAGCAUUCCAGUUUUCUGCGCUCCUUCGCCAGGGCUCCGAGGUGUCUAAAGAAGAGAAACUAUCCUAUGUCAACACCGUUAUGGAGACACUCGACCUGGUCGAUCUAGAGCAUGCAUUGAUUGGAUCCCUAGAUAUUGAAAAGAAAAAACGGGUCACAAUCGGCGUCGAAUUGUGUGCAAAGCCCAAGCUGCUACUGUUCUUGGAUGAACCUACGAGUGGACUAGAUAGCCAAGGCGCUUCUAGUAUUGUAUCACUGUUACGGAGGUUAACCGACCAGGGACUGGCUGUGCUCUGCACUAUUCAUCAGGCAAACCAGGAACAGUUUGAAGAGUUCGAUCGAGUGCUGGCUCUUAGUCCUGGUGGAAGCACUUAUUACUUUGGAGAGGUUGGAGCAUCCGGGCAGUCCAUUUUCGAAUAUUUCAAAAAGAAUGGCCACAAUCCGGAGAGCGUCACCAAUGCGGCUGACUUUUUGAUCGAAGUAGUCGUCGGGAGGAUGAAAGAUACACAGUACAGCAUCAACUGGGCUAAAAUCUGGAACGAAUCGACAGAGGCAGAAGAUGUCAAGAGAGAAAUUUCUAAAAUUCGCAGUCAACACGGUGAAAAGAGGCUAGACUCAAGGAUGACAAGCUCUUCUCCGCCACUCCAUCAGCAGAUCACUCUUCUUACUGCCCGCACCAUGCGACAAUUUUGGCGGAACCCGGAAUACCCCUACUCACGACUCUACGCAUCUUUCUUGCAUGCUCUGAUAAACGGUCUUACAUAUCUACAGAUAGGGAACAGUUCUACAGACCUCCAGUCCAAGGCGUUCUCGUGUUUCCUUGUUCUCAUGCUUGUUCCCGAGUUUAUCAACGCCAUCUCGAUGCGGUUUAUCAUGAAUCGCGAUAUAUGGAUGGCCCGUGAAGGCCCUAGUGGCCUAUAUGGAUGGAUUGCUUUCUGCACCGCGCAGAUCGUGUCCGAAAUUCCGUACGCCAUCAUUAGUGCAGUCAUCUUCUUCGUCCCGUACUACUUCAUCGUGGGCCUUCCCUUGGGGUUCGCAGCGGGAUAUAGCUUCUUGAUGUUCUUCCUGUUCUUUUUGCUAUCAACUUCAUGGGGUCAAUGGAUUGCAGCCUUGAGUACCGACUCGAUGGUGGCCGCUACACUCAUGCCCUUCUUUAUCAUCAUGUGCGAACUCUUCAACGGCAUCCUCCGUCCCCAUGAACAAAUGCCCGCCUUUUGGAAGUACACUAUGUACUAUGUUACUCCAUUUACCUACUGGAUUGGUGGAGUUCUGACGGCGGUCCUGCGUGGGGUACCCGUCGCCUGUGACCAGAGUGAAUUAGCCAUUUUUCAGAGCCCGGUCAAUAUGACAUGCGGUGAAUAUGCGGGAUCCUGGCUGGCCGACAGAGGGGUCGGGUAUCUCUCUAAUCCGCAAGAUUAUGGAUACUGUGGGUACUGUGAGUACAGCUAUGGUGACGAUUAUCUGACCGGACUGGGACUUGAUUCAUCCAAAACAUGGCCGUACCUUGGAAUUUUUAUAGCGUUUACUAUUUCUAAUUAUCUCAUGGUUUAUUUGUUGGUCUAUGUCUUGUCUGUCAAAAAGCCAUUAUGGAGAAAGGAUUAA